CCGACGUUGAAGCGACCGCAGCAGAAGAAGAACGCAAGCCGGUAGCCGGAAGUUCAGCGGCACGGAGCCCUCGUACUCGCUAUCGUCAUCACGGGUUAAGACAGUUCAGGUGAGAUUAUUUAUUUAAAGUGUGCGGCUUCUGCAGGGUUGGAUGUGAACAGAGCCCGCGUGGAGUUAGUUAGCUGGUUAGCUCUUCGUCAUCUUCAUCACGUGACGGCUGGAGGUGGAGCGGAGGAAAGUUCUCCGGCGUGGACAGUGAAGCUGCCUGCUCAGCCCCGCCACACGCUGCACCGUGUCAUCAUGAUGUGGUAACCACUCCAGCAUCACCGUCUCCCUGAUGUAACGCGUUACAUCCGCUCAGUCCAACGUAAAGAAACAUGCUCUGAGAGAGCUGUGUGUCAUCUUGUGUUGGUUUGCACACAGCGCUGCGUUCUGCUGUUGAAUGCGGCGUGGCUGACAUCAUGGCCGCAGGCAGGCUGACCUUCAGGAACAUCAACGCCCUGGCCCCCAUGGUCCGGGUGGGAACUCUGCCCAUGAGGCUGCUGGCUCUGGACUACGGAGCUGACGUUGUGUACUGCGAGGAGCUGAUUGACAUAAAAAUGGCUCAGUGUCGAAGGGUAGUCAACGAUGUGUUGGAUACGGUGGAUUUCGUGGCUCCAGAUGAUCGAGUGAUGUUCAGGACCUGCGGGAAGGAGAAGGAACGAGUUGUCUUCCAGAUGGGAACAGCAGAUCCAGACAGAGCGCUGGCCGUGGCCCGACUGGUAGAGAUGGACGUCGCCGCCAUCGACGUGAACAUGGGCUGUCCAAAGGAAUACUCCACCAAGGGGGGCAUGGGCGCUGCUCUACUGUCCGAUCCGGACAAGAUCGAAGCUAUCCUGAGGAAGCUGGUGUCCGGAGUGUCUGUUCCUGUGACCUGUAAAAUCAGAAUUCUUCCUACGCUGGAGGAGACCGUCGCUCUCGCACAAAGGAUCGAGAAGGUGGGCGUUGCUGCCAUUGCUGUGCACGGAAGGUUCAAGGAUGAGCGGCCCCGACAUCCUGUCCACUGUGACUACAUCCAGGCAGUCGCUCGGGCCGUUUCUGUCCCCGUCAUUGCAAAUGGAGGUUCUCUGGAUCUGGUGAAAAGCUACGAGGACAUUGAGGAGUUUAGAUGUGCAACGGGCGCCGCCUCGGUUAUGCUGGCCCGCGCCGCCAUGUGGAAUGCAUCCGUGUUCAGAAGCCAGGGUCUUCUUCCUCUGGAGAGAGUCAUGCAGGAAUACUUAAAAUAUGCAAUCCAGUACGACAAUCAUGCCUUCAACACAAAGUACUGCCUGUGUCAGAUGCUGCGAGACAAGGUGGAGUCUCCUCUAGGGAAGCAGGUUCAGGCGGCGCAGACCAACGCGGAGAUCAGUGAGGCGUUGGGGCUGCAGGAGUUUUAUCGGCAGACUGAGGAGCAGCUGCAGACGAGGAGGGACGCCCUUCAGAGCAGCAGCCUGCCCAGCAGUCCUGUCGUGGACGGAGGCGUCAUCACCAUGGCCGUCAAGUUUGAGCGAAGAGAGUAUCCGCCUCAGAUCACACCAAAGAUGGUUCUGCUGGAGUGGAGCCGGAAGCAGAGGAUGGAGCAGCCGCUGUACGAGACGGUGCAGCGCCCUCAGGACCGAGCCUUCCAGUCCACUGUGACUCUGGAUGAGAAGAAAUACAGAUCUUCCCUCUGGGAAAAGUCAAAGAAGUUUGCAGAGCAAGCAGCUGCCAUCGUCUGCAUGCGGGUUUUGGGGGUCCCAGAGGGUCGCGUUGGUGACAAAGACUCUGAUCUUGUCUGCAAGAGGAAGAGGGAAAGCAGGAAAAAUGGUAGAGCAGAAGAAGAGAGGAGGAAGAAGCUGCAUGUGGCAGAUGAUGUCCUGCAGGAGCUGGAAACUUCAGAGCAAAGGGUGGUGAUGAAGACUGGAAGUGAGACAUCAGAAAGGAGUGCAGACUGAAACCUCUGCAUGAUUCAGACUCUUUCUGUCCCAUCACGUCAUGCAGACACUGGGCUGUCUGAAUGGGAGGCAAGAAGCUUCAUGGAGGAACUGGAGCUAGUAGAUGAGGAUUUUAUGUUGAUAUAGUUUCAGUAAAACUACCAUCAGAGAUCUCCACAUGAGCUUCUGUUUUUUCUUUCAUUUUACGAGUUUGAGUUUUAUUUGUUCGUUUGUACCCAAGCUGCCUGCUCUUCUAAGUUGGAUAUCUUUAAUAAUAUUUCCUCACACAAGUAU